AGCGAACUGUACGCGGUGAAGAAAAGCUCUGCCUCGACUGAAGUUUGUUCUUAUGUCCUAAAAACAAAAUGCUUCACCUGGAGGUGAACAGAAGGUGUUUUAGUUAAAGGACAAAAAUAAUAACCAGGCCGAUGACGUUGCUGCUGGGUUCAGCGUGGCUGCUGUUGGCCUUCUCUCGGGUGUUUACCCCUGUGUCUGCGGAAGCUUGUUUAACUCCAGAGUUCAGCUGCUCCCGGGGCUUAUGUGUGCCUGAGGACUGUGUGUGUGACUUCACUGACAACUGUGGAGAUGGCAGCGAUGAGAAAAACUGCUCCAGAUAUAAGAGGUGCGACUUUGAGGAGGGAUUUUGUGACCUGAUCCAGAGCUCAGAGUCACCAUCUGGAUGGACCAGAACAACUGAGGUCCCAGGGCUGAAACAUGACCACACCAACAACACAUCAACAUAUUUCCUGUCCCUUUUACCUGUCAGUGGAAACAGAACCUCUGCAGACCUGAACAGUCCAAUCUUUCAGCCCAGUCAGACUUGCCAGAUGAGUUUCUACCAUUAUGUUGGGUCAAAACAUGGAGAUCUUCAGGUGUUGGUUCAGACUCACACACCAGGUCAGAGCACAGAGGUGUGGAAACACUCCACACAACCACAGAUGGGAACGUGGCGGCGGACAGUGAUUACGUUUUCCAGCAAUCACAGUUUUCAGGUGGUGAUUCAAGGGCAACUUUCAGCUGACAGCAAGGCCUCUGAGGUCCUGGCCAUCGAUGACCUAUCCUUCAGUCCCGGCUGUGUGACGGUGCCUGAGAGCAGUGUACCUCCUCCUCCUGUUUGCCCUCCCUCAUUGUUCGCCUGUGGCAGUGGAGAGUGCAUCGAGGAGAGCAAAGUGUGUGACUUCACCCCACAUUGUCCCCAUGGAGAGGAUGAAGCCAGCUGCCCCUCUGAGUGCGACUUUGAGUCUGGUUCUUGUGGUUGGAAUGAGCUCACCCUUGACGAUGGCUUUGACUGGGUGUGGGGCUCUUCUGUGGAGGUGCCUCCAUACGACCACCCACCACCUGCGGACCAUUCUACAAACAGCACUGAAGGCCACUUCAUGUUUAUAUUGAAGAACAGUAGCAGUCUUUAUCCAAGGGCUGUUCUCCGAGGACCCUGGUUCAAACAGUCUGCCUCCAGGUGUACCAUGACCUUCUGGCAUUAUAACUCAGGUAUAUCUGUGGGGGCUGUAGACAUGUACCUGCGAAUUGCCGGAGACCAAAACAACACCAUCAUAUGGAGGACUCUGUACGACCAGGGAGCACGCUGGAACCAAGUCAACGUACAGCUGGGACGCAUCACCCAGCCCUUCCAGAUCGCUCUGGGUAAGAUCAACCUCGGUGUGUUUGAUGGGGUCUCCGCCUUGGAUGAUGUCACCUUCAAGAACUGUUCCAUGCCCCCUGCGGUGGUGGAGUGCCCCACGCACACACAUUUCCACUGCGUGCACACCAAGGUGUGUGUGGAGCACUUGCAGCUAUGUGACCUUGUGGAUGACUGCGGGGACGGAUCAGAUGAGGAGGGAUGUUCUCCAGAGCUGCAGUGUAACUUCGAGCAUGGCCUGUGCAGCUGGAAACAAGAACAGAGUGGAGGCGAUGUGUUUGACUGGACCCGUACCCGAGGCCCCACCCCGACCUUCAGCACGGGGCCCUGGAAGGACCACACACUGGGCACCAGCUACGGCUACUACCUCUACAUCGAGUCUUCCAUCCCCCAGGAGUUUAAGGACACGGCUGUGCUGCUGAGCAGAGUCUUCCAACCGACCCAUCAUCGCGGCAAGGACCCCAACAGGUCCCGUCACCGCUGUGUUUUCCGCUUCCAUUACCACAUGUUCGGCUCACAUGUAUUCUGCCUGGCAGUGUACAUCAGGACCACUGCUACAGGUCGUGGGCAAAUGCUGUGGGUGCGAUAUGGGAACCAAGGAAACCUCUGGUACAGGAAGACUCUCUACCUUAGCAGCGCUCGGCCUUUCCAGAUUUUGAUAGAAGGCACAGUUGGAGAUGAUUUUAAUGGAGACAUUGCCAUUGAUGACCUUUCCUUCCUAAACUGCGACCCAUAUGAAGGAGAGCUCCCCACAGUGAAUAGCACGACCCCUGCAGUGACCACUCCGGCCCCCACAGUUCAGCCCCACAGCUGCCCUGAUGGAGAGUUUGUGUGUGGUGCACACGGAGAGUGUGUAUCCAACAGCAAAGUGUGUGAUUUCAGACGGGAUUGUUCUGAUGGCUCGGAUGAAUUAAACUGUGUCAAGGAGCGGUGUGAUUUUGAAGGCGGUGACACCUGCGGUUGGAAGACUGUCGACUCCUCUUUAGUCCCAAUCCACGCAUUUCGCUGGUCACCUGACCAGGGGGAGAGCAUUCAUGAUGGAGAGCAGUACCACCGUCCUAUUAAUGACCACACCCUAGGCAGUCCAGAGGGUUGGUACAUGUGUGCAGACAGCUCAAACGGUGGCUACGGUCAAACCACUGUCCUCCAGACACCUCCCAUCUCCUCCACGGGGCCGCAGUGCACUUUGGUCUUCUGGUACCACAUGAGUGGAUUCACAGUGGGAUCACUGCAAGUGCUGUUAAAGUAUGGAAAUGUCACACAUGAGGUUUGGUCUCAGACUGGUAACCAAGGCAACAAAUGGAGACGAGGAGAAGUGUUUUUGGGGUUAUCAAACAACGUCCAGGUGGUGUUUAGGGCGAAGCGAGGGAUCAGCUACAUGGGCGAUGUGGUGAUCGAUGAUGUCAGCUUCGUGGACUGCUCCCCUCCUCUUCCCUCAGACCAGCCAUGCACACCUGAGCAGUACGCCUGCGCCAGUGGCCACUGCAUCCCUCAGGACAACCUGUGUGACUUCAUCAACCACUGUGGGGACAACUCUGACGAGGACCCCUACAUCUGCAAAGGCUUUAGUGGGCGCUGCAGUUUUGAGUUUGACCUCUGUUCCUGGCGUCAGUGCCGUCAGGAUGACUUUGAUUGGCUGAUAAAAGCGGGCAGCACUCCCACAGUUGGCACCGGGCCAUCAAAUGACCACACGCUGAGAGAUCCCUCGGGGCACUACCUCUACCUGGAGACCUCCUUCCCCCAGGCAGCUGGGGACGCCGCUUGCAUAUCAGGACCGUUAUUGAGCCACAGGAGUUCACAGUGCAAGAUGCGUUUUUAUUUCCACAUGUCUGGAGACGGCAUUGGGACCCUCAGCGUGUUUGGCAAAAGCGAAGGGCAUCUUCAUCUCUUCCUGAACUUGACGGGAGAUCAGGGCAACUACUGGCAGAUGAGGGAGAUCCCGCUGAGCCACAGCAGGGACUUUCAGGUUAUGUUUGAGGGAAAGGUGGGCCGAAGUCCAAAGGGUGACAUCUGCCUGGAUGACAUCACUUUCUCUCCGGGGUGUCUGCUCGCCUCCUCAGCAAGAGUAGAGGGCAACACUCCUCCUCCUCCUGCAGGCUCCUGUCCUUCAGGCCUCCUGCCUUGUGAAAAUGGCCGAUGUUUUACUCCGGGGCAGAGCUGUGACUUCACAGACGACUGUGGCGAUGGCACUGAUGAAAAGGAAUGUGGGACUUCUUGCUCCUUUGAAAAUGGGCGCUGUGGCUGGAAGAGCUCCCUGGCUGAUAAUUUUGACUGGACUCUGGGGACGGGGUCUGUGAAAAGCAUACGGCCUCCAUAUGAUCACACGUUGAUGGAUGAUAGAGGUCAUUUCGUCUUUCUGGAAGCUACACCGGUGGGACUGAAAGGUGAUAAGGCUCAUAUUAGGAGCUCUGUUUGGAAAGAGUCGAGCACCAUCUGCAAGCUCUCCUUCUGGUACUACAUUUCCCACAAGGCCUCAGGAACAAUCCGUCUGCUGAUCAAGACAGAGAACGAUUUGUGGGAGGUGUGGAACAAAACGGGGCAUCAAGGGAAUAAGUGGAACCGAGCAGAGAUCCCUCUGAGGAAGCUAAGGAACUUUGAGGUGAUAUUCGAGGGGAUCCGCUCGAUGGAUGUGAGUGGCGGAGCUGCACUGGAUGACCUGGAGUUCAUAAACUGUGCCCCAAACGUUGUGGAGACGGUCAGUUGCCCUGCAGCCACAGAUUUUGUGUGUCACAGUGGCCACUGCAUUGAGUCCCACCUGGUGUGUGACAACAAGGCAGACUGUGCUGAUGAAUCCGAUGAGAUAGACUGCGAGCACAUAGUCGGCUUGCCGGGCGCUUGUAAUUUCAACAAGGAUGAAAACCAGUGGGAAGACACCUGUCACCUUUCUCAGGACUCUGAUGAUGACUUUGAUUGGAGGAUUGGUCAUCGGAGUGAGACACCUGGUGCUGGACCUCACACUGACCACAGUCCUGGUGGUGGAGGGAAUUUCCUGUACAUACACUCAGCCACACAGAGGGAAGGCGACGUUGCCAAGGUGACAACCAGGAGUCCAUUUCCAGCCAGUAUCGGCCAGUGUCACCUGCGCUUCUGGUUCUACAUGCACGGCUCAGACAGGAUGGGAACGCUGAAGGUCUACACUGUUGGACCCAGUGGCACCAGUCUGCUGAUGUGGGCCACCACUGGAAACCAUGCUAACCACUGGACAUACGCUAAUGUCAUCCUGUCCAACCCGGCACCUUUCAGAGUGACCUUCCAGGCAGAGGUGGGAGGAGACAUGUGGACAGACAUCGCUUUGGACGACAUCUCCUACACUGCAGAGUGUAUGGUAGAAGGACCAGUAACUCCCCAGCCUCUGACAUGUGAUGUGGACCAAUACCAGUGUUUGUACGCCUAUCAGUGUAUCCCAGAGAGUUGGAGGUGUGACGGAGAGCUGGACUGUGCUGACCAGUCCGAUGAAGAGUUUUGUCCCACUGUGGUACCUGGCACUCUUCCUCCUCAGGAUCGUUGUCCUAUUGGAUAUUACCAGUGUUCAGAUGAUCUCUGCCUCCCGUCCAUACUGCGUUGUGAUGGCGUCCCAGACUGUCCUCAUGGAGAGGAUGAGUACAGCUGCCCUCUGCUGCAGUGUGAGCUGGGAGAACUGGUGUGUGAAAGUUCGCCUGCUUGUAUCCCACUUCAGAAGCGCUGUGAUCACUCUGCAGACUGUCUGCCUUUUCACUCUGAUGAAUCCAGCUGUGAUGUUUGUCCUCAACUGUAUUGCCUGGAUCAUGGCUCAUGCCAUGUGGGGAAACACGGGCCCGUUUGCAUGUGUCAUCCAGGAUGGACAGGUAACCGCUGCCAUGUGAAGGAGAAACCAUCUCCCACCACUGCGACACCCAAACCUGAGGACACACAGCUGGACGCUGUGUAUGUUGGCAUCGCCAUCGGGCUGCUUCUGCUUGUGGCUGGAGUGGCUGUCUGCACUCUGGCUUUCUGCAAGAAAAAAUGCUUCUUAAUAAAGCCUGACUCGAUGGACUACGGAGUGAUGGAUAACCCAGCCUUUGACUGGAGACCAGAGCUCCUGUCCUUGCAUGAGAGGCCAGGCUGUUGUCCUGGAGUUAACCCCAGCAGGAGUGAUGGUCUGGGGCUUUCCAUCAGUGUCUACCCCUGGAGGAGGGAGGUGGAGGGUUCGUCCUGGAAAGAUGCCAAGCUGUCCUUCGCCAACCCGCUGUACAAUUACCCCCCUGAUGCUAAUAGCGCUGACUACAAAAGCUCUGAAGCAUAAAGACAAUGGACUUUAUAUAUUGACACUGCAGUAGAUCUGGGUCAAACAGUGUGUGCUCAUACUUGAUGAGGUUGUCUCGACCUGCUGAGGUGCCAAGUGGUGGUGGGGAGGGACAGAUUGCAAUGAGUGGAAAAAAGUUUGGUAAAUUUGCAUGAAGGAAUUUUAAUGUCAGUUCUGAUACACUGCUUCCAACGAUGUGACCCCCACACAUCUGGCACUAUGUGUAAAAAUAAAAGCUAAAAGUUCUGCACACUAA